AUGUACUGUAUUAUAAGAUUAUGUUUAUUAUUGCUAUACAUGGUAAGGUUCGCAGCCGCCAUAGUACUAGCAGCCAACCCGAUCAGUAUAACGAAUGUCUGCCAAUUCCCAGAUAACUGGGCAAGGACUGCGGGAUUUCAGGCGACUACUGUCAGACUAGGUUUGACUAUCGCCUCGAACACUUACAAGGAACUUUUAAAUUAUCCGGGUCUUUUCAAUUUCGCUACACAAAAAGCGACCGUUACACAACCUAAUUUUUCAAUAAGUGGGUUCCCGUUUUUCACAGGACUGUACGGCUUAACAGUGUGGCCAAUAAACUUACUGGUUGAGUUACAAGGCUACUUUGUGCCCCCAGAAUCGGGUAAUUACACGUUCACUCUGCAGGGCUCAGAUGACGCCGCCAUUCUGUUCUUUGCAAAUCCUUCAACAUUUGCAUGCGGCAGUCAAAACGAUUGGCCUCAACCUCGUGAGGCUGAUAUCACUGUAACCGAUACACUAGUGCCAUCGAGGACACUGUACCUGGUUAAAGGUGUUGCGUACCCUAUAAGAAUAGCCUACUACAACGGUAGUGGGGACGGAAAACUUAAUGUGUCAUUCAAAGACCCCAGUGGGACUACUCACACCGAUUGGAAAGGAUACGUAUGGCAGUACAGUAAUACCUGUUCAACAUGUACGUACACCAAACCACCAACACAAACAACUACUUACUCUUCUGGGUGGGUACUAAAUCCAACAACAACUGGUACAAGUUACAGUCUGUACACCGGUAUUGACGGUAUCGAGAGCAAUUACACUAUCUACCAAGUCGAAGUGCCGACCAUAACACCAUCCCUUUCUAUCCCUCCUAUAACAACUGUAACAAUCAGUCACUCAGAUUAUAUUGAAGAAGACAUAGUGAGCUUCUUUAGUACUACGACAACAAAUGGUAGCCCAGUGACUGGAUCCUCAAUAUCGACUAGAACGGUCUUGAUAAUACCUCCACCGAAAACUGUGACAAUAACUCAACAAGGAUGGGUGGAAGAAGACGAAUUAUCAUUUUUCAGCACAGUAGAUGCAAACGGUCAUCCAGUUACAGGUACAAAGACAAGAACAAUAUCUGUGAGUGUAAGUUUACCCCCCGCUUUUACGACGACAUUCACUUCCGACUAUGAGCAGAUCAUCGAGGAGAUCUCAUAUGUCCCAACAGUGGCUGCCGACGGAAAGCCAACGUAUGCGACAACGACAAAGACUCUCUCAAUUUCGCAUUUUCCGGCUCCUCCUCCAACUACACAAAUCAUUGAUUUGGGAAAUCAGGUGACCGAGUAUGACGUGAUAUCUUAUUAUACCACUCUAGAUGCAAAUGGUAAAUUGAUUACUACAAGUCAUGUAGACAAAUACAGUCCUCCUCCAGUCACUACUAUCACGAUAUAUGAGAACCAUGAACAUGUAGUUGACGUUUAUUCAUACUUUAUUACUGUCAAUGGAGAAGGUCAAAUAAUUACUGAUAGCGUCAUAAUUUCUGCAUCUACCAGUUAUGAUCCCGCACCAAGCCCUGAAACCAAAAUAAUUGAUCUUGGCAAUGAGGUCACUGAAUAUGAUGUGAUAUCAUACUACACAACACUAGAUGCAAACGGUAAAAUUAUUACAACAAGUACUACCACCAAAUAUAGUCCACCACCUUUAACUGUGACGGCUACUACUGGUGAGGACUAUGUUGAGAGCGACUGGAUCUCGUUCUUCAUCACUGUUGAUGAGAAGGGAGAGAUUGUUACCAGCAGCACUCUGUUCAAUGCUACGCGUGACUACAAGUUGCCUGAGGCUCCACACACGUCGUUUGGCCCUGCACCUCCAGUGGAGACGCACACAGUUGUUCUUGAGAACAAUAUGACGAACUAUGAGGUUGUGUCAUUCUGGACCACUACGAACGAGUUUGGCGGUGUGAUCACCACGAGCAGCACCAGGACGUACAGUGCUCCACCUUUGACGGUGACGGCUACUACUGGUGAGGACUAUGUUGAGAGCGACUGGAUCUCGUUCUUCAUCACUGUUGAUGAGAAGGGAGAGAUUGUUACCAGCAGCACUCUGUUCAAUGCUACGCGUGACUACAAGUUGCCUGAGGCUCCACACACGUCGUUUGGCCCUGCACCUCCAGUGGAGACGCACACAGUUGUUCUUGAGAACAAUAUGACGAACUAUGAGGUUGUGUCAUUCUGGACCACUACGAACGAGUUUGGCGGUGUGAUCACCACGAGCAGCACCAGGACGUACAGUGCUCCACCUUUGACGGUGACGGCUACUACUGGUGAGGACUAUGUUGAGAGCGACUGGAUCUCGUUCUUCAUCACUGUUGAUGAGAAGGGAGAGAUUGUUACCAGCAUCACUCUGUUCAAUGCUACGCGUGACUACAUUGAUGCGGAAGCACCACACACUUCAUUUGGCCCUGCACCUCCAGUGGAGACGCACACAGUUGUUCUUGAGAACAAUAUGACGAACUAUGAGGUUGUGUCAUUCUGGACCACUACGAACGAGUUUGGCGGUGUGAUCACCACGAGCAGCACCAGGACGUACAGUGCUCCACCUUUGACGGUGACGGCUACUACUGGUGAGGACUAUGUUGAGAGCGACUGGAUCUCGUUCUUCAUCACUGUUGAUGAGAAGGGAGAGAUUGUUACCAGCAGCACUCUGUUCAAUGCUACGCGUGACUACAUUGAUGCGAAUGCACCACACACUUCAUUUGGCCCUGCACCUCCAGUGGAGACGCACACAGUUGUUCUUGAGAACAAUAUGACGAACUAUGAGGUUGUGUCAUUCUGGACCACUACGAACGAGUUUGGCGGUGUGAUCACCACGAGCAGCACCAGGACGUACAGUGCUCCACCUUUGACGGUGACGGCUACUACUGGUGAGGACUAUGUUGAGAGCGACUGGAUCUCGUUCUUCAUCACUGUUGAUGAGAAGGGAGAGAUUGUUACCAGCAUCACUCUGUUCAAUGCUACGCGUGACUACAUUGAUGCGAAUGCACCACACACUUCAUUUGGCCCUGCACCUCCAGUGGAGACGCACACAGUUGUUCUUGAGAACAAUAUGACGAACUAUGAGGUUGUGUCAUUCUGGACCACUACGAACGAGUUUGGCGGUGUGAUCACCACGAGCAGCACCAGGACGUACAGUGCUCCACCUUUGACGGUGACGGCUACUACUGGUGAGGACUAUGUUGAGAGCGACUGGAUCUCGUUCUUCAUCACUGUUGAUGAGAAGGGAGAGAUUGUUACCAGCAGCACUCUGUUCAAUGCUACGCGUGACUACAUUGAUGCGGAAGCACCACACACUUCAUUUGGCCCUGCACCUCCAGUGGAGACGCACACAGUUGUUCUUGAGAACAAUAUGACGAACUAUGAGGUUGUGUCAUUCUGGACCACUACGAACGAGUUUGGCGGUGUGAUCACCACGAGCAGCACCAGGACGUACAGUGCUCCACCUUUGACGGUGACGGCUACUACUGGUGAGGACUAUGUUGAGAGCGACUGGAUCUCGUUCUUCAUCACUGUUGAUGAGAAGGGAGAGAUUGUUACCAGCAGCACUCUGUUCAAUGCUACGCGUGACUACAUUGAUGCGAAUGCACCACACACUUCAUUUGGCCCUGCACCUCCAGUGGAGACGCACACAGUUGUUCUUGAGAACAAUAUGACGAACUAUGAGGUUGUGUCAUUCUGGACCACUACGAACGAGUUUGGCGGUGUGAUCACCACGAGCAGCACCAGGACGUACAGUGCUCCACCUUUGACGGUGACGGCUACUACUGGUGAGGACUAUGUUGAGAGCGACUGGAUCUCGUUCUUCAUCACUGUUGAUGAGAAGGGAGAGAUUGUUACCAGCAGCACUCUGUUCAAUGCUACGCGUGACUACAUUGAUGCGGAAGCACAGCACACUUCAUUUGGCCCUGCACCUCCAGUGGAGACGCACACAGUUGUUCUUGAGAACAAUAUGACGAACUAUGAGGUUGUGUCAUUCUGGACCACUACGAACGAGUUUGGCGGUGUGAUCACCACGAGCAGCACCAGGACGUACAGUGCUCCACCUUUGACGGUGACGGCUACUACUGGUGAGGACUAUGUUGAGAGCGACUGGAUCUCGUUCUUCAUCACUGUUGAUGAGAAGGGAGAGAUUGUUACCAGCAGCACUCUGUUCAAUGCUACGCGUGACUACAUUGAUGCGGAAGCACAGCACACUUCAUUUGGCCCUGCACCUCCAGUGGAGACGCACACAGUUGUUCUUGAGAACAAUAUGACGAACUAUGAGGUUGUGUCAUUCUGGACCACUACGAACGAGUUUGGCGGUGUGAUCACCACGAGCAGCACCAGGACGUACAGUGCUCCACCUUUGACGGUGACGGCUACUACUGGUGAGGACUAUGUUGAGAGCGACUGGAUCUCGUUCUUCAUCACUGUUGAUGAGAAGGGAGAGAUUGUUACCAGCAGCACUCUGUUCAAUGCUACGCGUGACUACAUUGAUGCGGAAGCACCACACACUUCAUUUGGCCCUGCACCUCCAGUGGAGACGCACACAGUUGUUCUUGAGAACAAUAUGACGAACUAUGAGGUUGUGUCAUUCUGGACCACUACGAACGAGUUUGGCGGUGUGAUCACCACGAGCAGCACCAGGACGUACAGUGCUCCACCUUUGACGGUGACGGCUACUACUGGUGAGGACUAUGUUGAGAGCGACUGGAUCUCGUUCUUCAUCACUGUUGAUGAGAAGGGAGAGAUUGUUACCAGCAGCACUCUGUUCAAUGCUACGCGUGACUACAUUGAUGCGAAUGCACCACACACUUCAUUUGGCCCUGCACCUCCAGUGGAGACGCACACAGUUGUUCUUGAGAACAAUAUGACGAACUAUGAGGUUGUGUCAUUCUGGACCACUACGAACGAGUUUGGCGGUGUGAUCACCACGAGCAGCACCAGGACGUACAGUGCUCCACCUUUGACGGUGACGGCUACUACUGGUGAGGACUAUGUUGAGAGCGACUGGAUCUCGUUCUUCAUCACUGUUGAUGAGAAGGGAGAGAUUGUUACCAGCAUCACUCUGUUCAAUGCUACGCGUGACUACAUUGAUGCGGAAGCACCACACACUUCAUUUGGCCCUGCACCUCCAGUGGAGACGCACACAGUUGUUCUUGAGAACAAUAUGACGAACUAUGAGGUUGUGUCAUUCUGGACCACUACGAACGAGUUUGGCGGUGUGAUCACCACGAGCAGCACCAGGACGUACAGUGCUCCACCUUUGACGGUGACGGCUACUACUGGUGAGGACUAUGUUGAGAGCGACUGGAUCUCGUUCUUCAUCACUGUUGAUGAGAAGGGAGAGAUUGUUACCAGCAGCACUCUGUUCAAUGCUACGCGUGACUACAAGUUGCCUGAGGCUCCACACACGUCGUUUGGCCCUGCACCUCCAGUGGAGACGCACACAGUUGUUCUUGAGAACAAUAUGACGAACUAUGAGGUUGUGUCAUUCUGGACCACUACGAACGAGUUUGGCGGUGUGAUCACCACGAGCAGCACCAGGACGUACAGUGCUCCACCUUUGACGGUGACGGCUACUACUGGUGAGGACUAUGUUGAGAGCGACUGGAUCUCGUUCUUCAUCACUGUUGAUGAGAAGGGAGAGAUUGUUACCAGCAGCACUCUGUUCAAUGCUACGCGUGACUACAAGUUGCCUGAGGCCCCACACACGUCGUUUGGCCCUGCACCUCCAGUGGAGACGCACACAGUUGUUCUUGAGAACAAUAUGACGAACUAUGAGGUUGUGUCAUUCUGGACCACUACGAACGAGUUUGGCGGUGUGAUCACCACGAGCAGCACCAGGACGUACAGUGCUCCACCUUUGACGGUGACGGCUACUACUGGUGAGGACUAUGUUGAGAGCGACUGGAUCUCGUUCUUCAUCACUGUUGAUGAGAAGGGAGAGAUUGUUACCAGCAGCACUCUGUUCAAUGCUACGCGUGACUACAAGUUGCCUGAGGCUCCACACACGUCGUUUGGCCCUGCACCUCCAGUGGAGACGCACACAGUUGUUCUUGAGAACAAUAUGACGAACUAUGAGGUUGUGUCAUUCUGGACCACUACGAACGAGUUUGGCGGUGUGAUCACCACGAGCAGCACCAGGACGUACAGUGCUCCACCUUUGACGGUGACGGCUACUACUGGUGAGGACUAUGUUGAGAGCGACUGGAUCUCGUUCUUCAUCACUGUUGAUGAGAAGGGAGAGAUUGUUACCAGCAGCACUCUGUUCAAUGCUACGCGUGACUACAAGUUGCCUGAGGCUCCACACACGUCGUUUGGCCCUGCACCUCCAGUGGAGACGCACACAGUUGUUCUUGAGAACAAUAUGACGAACUAUGAGGUUGUGUCAUUCUGGACCACUACGAACGAGUUUGGCGGUGUGAUCACCACGAGCAGCACCAGGACGUACAGUGCUCCACCUUUGACGGUGACGGCUACUACUGGUGAGGACUAUGUUGAGAGCGACUGGAUCUCGUUCUUCAUCACUGUUGAUGAGAAGGGAGAGAUUGUUACCAGCAGCACUCUGUUCAAUGCUACGCGUGACUACAUUGAUGCGGAAGCACAGCACACUUCAUUUGGCCCUGCACCUCCAGUGGAGACGCACACAGUUGUUCUUGAGAACAAUAUGACGAACUAUGAGGUUGUGUCAUUCUGGACCACUACGAACGAGUUUGGCGGUGUGAUCACCACGAGCAGCACCAGGACGUACAGUGCUCCACCUUUGACGGUGACGGCUACUACUGGUGAGGACUAUGUUGAGAGCGACUGGAUCUCGUUCUUCAUCACUGUUGAUGAGAAGGGAGAGAUUGUUACCAGCAGCACUCUGUUCAAUGCUACGCGUGACUACAUUGAUGCGGAAGCACAGCACACUUCAUUUGGCCCUGCACCUCCAGUGGAGACGCACACAGUUGUUCUUGAGAACAAUAUGACGAACUAUGAGGUUGUGUCAUUCUGGACCACUACGAACGAGUUUGGCGGUGUGAUCACCACGAGCAGCACCAGGACGUACAGUGCUCCACCUUUGACGGUGACGGCUACUACUGGUGAGGACUAUGUUGAGAGCGACUGGAUCUCGUUCUUCAUCACUGUUGAUGAGAAGGGAGAGAUUGUUACCAGCAGCACUCUGUUCAAUGCUACGCGUGACUACAAGUUGCCUGAGGCUCCACACACGUCGUUUGGCCCUGCACCUCCAGUGGAGACGCACACAGUUGUUCUUGAGAACAAUAUGACGAACUAUGAGGUUGUGUCAUUCUGGACCACUACGAACGAGUUUGGCGGUGUGAUCACCACGAGCAGCACCAGGACGUACAGUGCUCCACCUUUGACGGUGACGGCUACUACUGGUGAGGACUAUGUUGAGAGCGACUGGAUCUCGUUCUUCAUCACUGUUGAUGAGAAGGGAGAGAUUGUUACCAGCAGCACUCUGUUCAAUGCUACGCGUGACUACAUUGAUGCGAAUGCACCACACACGUCGUUUGGCCCUGCACCUCCAGUGGAGACGCACACAGUUGUUCUUGAGAACAAUAUGACGAACUAUGAGGUUGUGUCAUUCUGGACCACUACGAACGAGUUUGGCGGUGUGAUCACCACGAGCAGCACCAGGACGUACAGUGCUCCACCUUUGACGGUGACGGCUACUACUGGUGAGGACUAUGUUGAGAGCGACUGGAUCUCGUUCUUCAUCACUGUUGAUGAGAAGGGAGAGAUUGUUACCAGCAGCACUCUGUUCAAUGCUACGCGUGACUACAUUGAUGCGAAUGCACCACACACUUCAUUUGGCCCUGCACCUCCAGUGGAGACGCACACAGUUGUUCUUGAGAACAAUAUGACGAACUAUGAGGUUGUGUCAUUCUGGACCACUACGAACGAGUUUGGCGGUGUGAUCACCACGAGCAGCACCAGGACGUACAGUGCUCCACCUUUGACGGUGACGGCUACUACUGGUGAGGACUAUGUUGAGAGCGACUGGAUCUCGUUCUUCAUCACUGUUGAUGAGAAGGGAGAGAUUGUUACCAGCAGCACUCUGUUCAAUGCUACGCGUGACUACAUUGAUGCGAAUGCACCACACACGUCGUUUGGCCCUGCACCUCCAGUGGAGACGCACACAGUUGUUCUUGAGAACAAUAUGACGAACUAUGAGGUUGUGUCAUUCUGGACCACUACGAACGAGUUUGGCGGUGUGAUCACCACGAGCAGCACCAGGACGUACAGUGCUCCACCUUUGACGGUGACGGCUACUACUGGUGAGGACUAUGUUGAGAGCGACUGGAUCUCGUUCUUCAUCACUGUUGAUGAGAAGGGAGAGAUUGUUACCAGCAGCACUCUGUUCAAUGCUACGCGUGACUACAAGUUGCCUGAGGCUCCACACACGUCGUUUGGCCCUGCACCUCCAGUGGAGACGCACACAGUUGUUCUUGAGAACAAUAUGACGAACUAUGAGGUUGUGUCAUUCUGGACCACUACGAACGAGUUUGGCGGUGUGAUCACCACGAGCAGCACCAGGACGUACAGUGCUCCACCUUUGACGGUGACGGCUACUACUGGUGAGGACUAUGUUGAGAGCGACUGGAUCUCGUUCUUCAUCACUGUUGAUGAGAAGGGAGAGAUUGUUACCAGCAGCACUCUGUUCAAUGCUACGCGUGACUACAUUGAUGCGGAAGCACAGCACACUUCAUUUGGCCCUGCACCUCCAGUGGAGACGCACACAGUUGUUCUUGAGAACAAUAUGACGAACUAUGAGGUUGUGUCAUUCUGGACCACUACGAACGAGUUUGGCGGUGUGAUCACCACGAGCAGCACCAGGACGUACAGUGCUCCACCUUUGACGGUGACGGCUACUACUGGUGAGGACUAUGUUGAGAGCGACUGGAUCUCGUUCUUCAUCACUGUUGAUGAGAAGGGAGAGAUUGUUACCAGCAGCACUCUGUUCAAUGCUACGCGUGACUACAUUGAUGCGAAUGCACCACACACGUCGUUUGGCCCUGCACCUCCAGUGGAGACGCACACAGUUGUUCUUGAGAACAAUAUGACGAACUAUGAGGUUGUGUCAUUCUGGACCACUACGAACGAGUUUGGCGGUGUGAUCACCACGAGCAGCACCAGGACGUACAGUGCUCCACCUUUGACGGUGACGGCUACUACUGGUGAGGACUAUGUUGAGAGCGACUGGAUCUCGUUCUUCAUCACUGUUGAUGAGAAGGGAGAGAUUGUUACCAGCAGCACUCUGUUCAAUGCUACGCGUGACUACAUUGAUGCGAAUGCACCACACACUUCAUUUGGCCCUGCACCUCCAGUGGAGACGCACACAGUUGUUCUUGAGAACAAUAUGACGAACUAUGAGGUUGUGUCAUUCUGGACCACUACGAACGAGUUUGGCGGUGUGAUCACCACGAGCAGCACCAGGACGUACAGUGCUCCACCUUUGACGGUGACGGCUACUACUGGUGAGGACUAUGUUGAGAGCGACUGGAUCUCGUUCUUCAUCACUGUUGAUGAGAAGGGAGAGAUUGUUACCAGCAGCACUCUGUUCAAUGCUACGCGUGACUACAUUGAUGCGAAUGCACCACACACUUCAUUUGGCCCUGCACCUCCAGUGGAGACGCACACAGUUGUUCUUGAGAACAAUAUGACGAACUAUGAGGUUGUGUCAUUCUGGACCACUACGAACGAGUUUGGCGGUGUGAUCACCACGAGCAGCACCAGGACGUACAGUGCUCCACCUUUGACGGUGACGGCUACUACUGGUGAGGACUAUGUUGAGAGCGACUGGAUCUCGUUCUUCAUCACUGUUGAUGAGAAGGGAGAGAUUGUUACCAGCAGCACUCUGUUCAAUGCUACGCGUGACUACAUUGAUGCGGAAGCACCACACACUUCAUUUGGCCCUGCACCUCCAGUGGAGACGCACACAGUUGUUCUUGAGAACAAUAUGACGAACUAUGAGGUUGUGUCAUUCUGGACCACUACGAACGAGUUUGGCGGUGUGAUCACCACGAGCAGCACCAGGACGUACAGUGCUCCACCUUUGACGGUGACGGCUACUACUGGUGAGGACUAUGUUGAGAGCGACUGGAUCUCGUUCUUCAUCACUGUUGAUGAGAAGGGAGAGAUUGUUACCAGCAGCACUCUGUUCAAUGCUACGCGUGACUACAUUGAUGCGAAUGCACCACACACUUCAUUUGGCCCUGCACCUCCAGUGGAGACGCACACAGUUGUUCUUGAGAACAAUAUGACGAACUAUGAGGUUGUGUCAUUCUGGACCACUACGAACGAGUUUGGCGGUGUGAUCACCACGAGCAGCACCAGGACGUACAGUGCUCCACCUUUGACGGUGACGGCUACUACUGGUGAGGACUAUGUUGAGAGCGACUGGAUCUCGUUCUUCAUCACUGUUGAUGAGAAGGGAGAGAUUGUUACCAGCAGCACUCUGUUCAAUGCUACGCGUGACUACAUUGAUGCGAAUGCACCACACACUUCAUUUGGCCCUGCACCUCCAGUGGAGACGCACACAGUUGUUCUUGAGAACAAUAUGACGAACUAUGAGGUUGUGUCAUUCUGGACCACUACGAACGAGUUUGGCGGUGUGAUCACCACGAGCAGCACCAGGACGUACAGUGCUCCACCUUUGACGGUGACGGCUACUACUGGUGAGGACUAUGUUGAGAGCGACUGGAUCUCGUUCUUCAUCACUGUUGAUGAGAAGGGAGAGAUUGUUACCAGCAGCACUCUGUUCAAUGCUACGCGUGACUACAUUGAUGCGAAUGCACCACACACUUCAUUUGGCCCUGCACCUCCAGUGGAGACGCACACAGUUGUUCUUGAGAACAAUAUGACGAACUAUGAGGUUGUGUCAUUCUGGACCACUACGAACGAGUUUGGCGGUGUGAUCACCACGAGCAGCACCAGGACGUACAGUGCUCCACCUUUGACGGUGACGGCUACUACUGGUGAGGACUAUGUUGAGAGCGACUGGAUCUCGUUCUUCAUCACUGUUGAUGAGAAGGGAGAGAUUGUUACCAGCAGCACUCUGUUCAAUGCUACGCGUGACUACAUUGAUGCGGAAGCACAGCACACUUCAUUUGGCCCUGCACCUCCAGUGGAGACUCACACAGUUGUUCUUGAGAACAAUAUGACGAACUAUGAGGUUUUGUCAUUCUGGACCACUACGAACGAGUUUGGCGGUGUGAUCACCACGAGCAGCACCAGGACGUACAGUGCUCCACCUUUGACGGUGACGGCUACUACUGGUGAGGACUAUGUUGAGAGCGACUGGAUCUCGUUCUUCAUCACUGUUGAUGAGAAGGGAGAGAUUGUUACCAGCAGCACUCUGUUCAAUGCUACGCGUGACUACAUUGAUGCGGAAGCACAGCACCCUACAUUUGGCACACCUCCUUUGCCAGUGACUAGUACAAUUGAGGUUACUGAAGGAGUAACUGAAUAUGUUGUUGUGUCAUACUACACUACCACAAAUGAAUAUGGUGGUGUUAUAACUACAAGUACAACUACUACUCACAGUCCACCUGCAAUUUCCACUAUUGAAAUUGAGACAAUUGGUUAUCAUGAAAUUGAUUACAUAUCAUAUUAUAUCACAACUGAUUCUGAUGGUAACAUCAGCACUGGUAGCUCCAUUUGGAAGACACGUACAGCACUAUAUUCUAAUGAACAAGCUGCCCCACAUACCUCAGCUAAACCAGCUCCUUCUCCUGUAACCAAUAAAGUAAACGCCGAAGACGACAGAACUAAUUAUGAAGUUGUGUCAUUCUGGACCACUACAAACGAGUUUGGUGGUUUGAUCACCACGAGCAGCACCAGGACGUACAGUGCUCCACCUUUGACGGUGACGGCUACUACUGGUGAGGACUAUGUUGAGAGCGACUGGAUCUCGUUCUUCAUCACUGUUGAUGAGAAGGGAGAGAUUGUUACCAGCAGCACUCUGUUCAAUGCUACGCGUGACUACAUUGAUGCGGAAGCACAGCACCCUACAUUUGGCACACCUCCUUUGCCAGUGACUAGUACAAUUGAGGUUACUGAAGGAGUAACUGAAUAUGUUGUUGUGUCAUACUACACUACCACAAAUGAAUAUGGUGGUGUUAUAACUACAAGUACAACAACUACUCACAGUCCACCUACAGUUUCUACUAUUGCAAUUGAGACAGAUGGUUCUCAUGGCACAGAGUAUAUCUCUUAUUUCAUUACUACUGAUUCAGAUGGCAAAAUAAGUACUGGUGAAACAAGAUUGAAUCAAGGUCAUCAAUCCAGUAGCAAAGGAAAAUCAUCUGAUCUAGCAUCACAAACCAAAGAAGGAAUAUCUGAAAAGCCCGAGGCUGUUUGGACAGAUAUAUCACAGUCAAGGGAACACAGCUUACCUACUAGCGUAAAAUCUAAUGAGGUUGGUAAUGAGGUUGGUAGUGGUACGAUAUCUGAAGAAACUACCCAGUCUACUUCGAGAAAUACUGGCAGCCACAACAGUGAAUACCAGAUUAGUAAUAGCCGUACCCUGUUAGUUCCCUCAAAAAUUGCUGAAUCUUUACCAUUGUCUUCUUCAAGGCCUGUUAUUAGCUCCAUCGAUACAGGCUCAAGUCAUAGUGAAGUCCAUGGUCAUGCUAGUGGUUCUGCCAUUAAAAAUUCAAAAGACAAUGAAGGAAUAAGUCCUUCGACAGUAAAUGGAGGCUCAGUUCCAGUCUCUAGCAACACCAAUACUCAUAGAGAAGGUAGUGCUGCAGACGUAUCGUCAAAUAAUAAACCAAACUAUUCCAGUGUCCCAACCAAUACAAUCCAAUCUAGAAGCAGAACGAGAGUAACAUUGUCGUCAACGGACACAAGAGCAUCUGGUGGGUCUAAUUCGACGUCAGCAUCAAAUUUAAUUUCAGAGCUAUCAGAUUCACAUGAUUUAACUGGAUCUGCAUCAUCGAUUACAUUUUUGGGAAUCAAAAAGUGUAUUAUUCUUUUGAUUAUAGUAGUUGUUUCUAUUGCUUAG